AUGGACGUAGCGUGGAAGGCGCUACGCCGACUCCAUUUGAAGCGAGAUCCAGCAGCACUCGCCACAUGCUUGCAGACGCUCCACGCAUACAUUAGCAAUCUGGCGAAGAAUCCGCAGGAGUCUAAGUUUCAUUCCAUCAACUGCCAGAAUGGCAACUUUCGCUCUCGAGUUGCAUCGCUUGAGGGAGGCAUUGCUGUUCUGGAGGCCUGCGGAUUUGUGGCCGUGGACGAGAAGCUGUGCGUCGAUCCGGACUUCAUGAGGUCAAAAGGGCCAAAGCUGUGGGAUGCCCUGAGCAAGGUAUCGGUUCUCCUGGAGCAGGUGAAGAGCUGCAUGGAAAUUCGAGCGAAUUAG